AUGAACAUAAAGAGUUUUUCAAUGCCGAUUAGAAAAGCUAUUUAUCGUUGUAUCGUACAUAAAGAAAAAUCAUUAUUUAUCAUCGGCAUGUAAAUAUCAAUUUGAUGUUAUUAAAAAUAGAGAUAUACGAAGGGAAACAAUUCAAAUCACGACCAAUCGAAAAAGUCAAAUUCGAUAUUUCGACGCAUCAAUGAACAUGUAAUUCGUGCACGCAUGUAAACCAACCCCCGAUGUGCUGCCCCACAGCAAUGCGCCGACAAACUAAAUAAUCGACGUCAAAGCUGUCAAAUAUGGCGAGAGUAGCGAGCGUAAUUGACAUAUAAAAAUGUGAAUAUAAGGGCCAUCACAGUGAUUUGUGAUUUAAAAUAAACCCGCAUUUUGUUUCAUAAAACGUAUAAUGUAAGUUCGAAUAGUGUGUCAAAAGUGAGUGCGUGAGGAACUUGGCCUCGGCGUAUUUGUAGCCGAGGGAAUAUAAGGGCAUGGUAAUUGAGGAACUAUGGGUGCUCAACAAACUAAAGACAGAAUAAUUCCAGCCGGGUCUACCGUGCGACAAACGCGAAAGCAACCCAGAAAUUUGAAAGAGUCUCGUAUUAUAGGAUCUAACAUAUUUACUGAACACAGUGAGGCUUUAUUACAAAGUAGACCCCUACCUCACAUUCCAGCAUUACCAGAGGGGGAUCCUCCUAGUAGUUCUAAUGUUCAACCAAUUUCACAACAAGCAAAUAUUCAACAACAUACUAGUGUAUCUACCAGUGGACUCCUUGAAGCUGCUAACAGAUGGACUAGCAAGGAGAAUCUUUUAACACAAGAAGAAGAUGAUCCACAAUUAUUUGUUGCAUUAUAUGAUUUUCAAGCAGGAGGAGAAAAUCAGCUUAGUUUGAAGAAAGGCGAACAAGUACGUAUUCUCAGUUAUAAUAAAAGUGGAGAGUGGUGUGAAGCACAUUCAAGUGCUGGUCAAGUAGGGUGGGUUCCAUCGAACUAUGUAACUCCCGUUAAUUCCUUGGAAAAGCAUUCUUGGUAUCAUGGAAGAAUAUCCAGAAAUGCUGCAGAAUAUCUUUUAAGUUCUGGCAUAAAUGGUAGUUUUCUUGUUCGUGAAUCAGAGAGCAGUCCAGGUCAACGUAGCAUUUCCUUAAGAUAUGAAGGACGAGUGUAUCAUUACAGAAUCAAUGAAGAUAGCGAAGGAAAGAUGUUUGUCACAACAGAAAGUAAAUUUAAUACAUUAGCUGAACUGGUUCACCAUCAUUCAAUGCUUGCUGAUGGUCUUAUUACGCAACUGCUUUAUCCUGCACCAAAGCAUAACAAGCCUACUGUGUUUCCACUUAGUCCAGAGCCAGAUGAAUGGGAAAUUAAUCGGACUGAUAUAGUAAUGAGGCAUAAAUUAGGUGGGGGACAGUAUGGUGAUGUAUAUGAAGCAGUUUGGAAGAGGUAUAAUAUGACAGUUGCUGUGAAGACAUUAAAGGAAGAUACCAUGGCACUUAAAGAUUUUCUGGAAGAAGCUGCAAUAAUGAAAGAAAUGAAACAUAGAAAUUUGGUACAAUUAUUAGGAGUUUGUACACGUGAACCACCAUUUUACAUUAUCACAGAAUUUAUGAGUAAAGGAAAUUUGUUAGAUUACUUGCGUAACGAAAGCAAACAUCAAAUCAAUGCUGUUGUUCUCAUGCACAUGGCAACUCAAAUAGCAAGUGGUAUGAGUUAUUUAGAAAGCAGAAAUUUUAUUCACAGAGAUUUAGCGGCACGUAAUUGUUUGGUUGGAGAAAAUCAUUUAGUAAAAGUCGCAGAUUUUGGUUUAGCACGAUUAAUGAGAGAUGACACAUAUACAGCUCAUGCUGGUGCUAAAUUUCCUAUAAAAUGGACCGCCCCGGAAGGUUUAGCUUAUAAUAAAUUUUCUACAAAGUCUGAUGUGUGGGCAUUUGGAAUCUUAUUGUGGGAAAUUGCGACUUACGGCAUGUCUCCGUACCCUGGUGUAGAUUUGACAGAUGUUUAUCACAUGUUGGAAAAGGGCUAUAGGAUGGAAUGUCCACCUGGUUGUCCACCUAAGGUGUACGAGUUAAUGAGACAAUGUUGGCAAUGGUCAGCAAUAGAACGACCAACUUUCAAAGAAAUUCAUCAUUCAUUAGAAAAUAUGUUUCAAGAAUCUAGUAUUACAGAAGAAGUUGAAAAACAACUGCAAGGUGGAGGAGAAAUUCCAUUGCUUGCAUAUAAAAAAUCACAAACUGGUAGUACCGGAAACAUCCAUGGACUUGUACUUGUAUCUGAACAAAUGUCUUCCUCUGGUAUAGCACAAGAUGGUGCUAGUUCUGUAACUAAAUUAAGUACUUUUGUGGGUGGAUUAUCGAGUAAAAGUAACAGUAAUAUCGUACAAAUGAGACGUUCGACGAAUAAAAAAGGGAAACAAGCACCUGCACCUCCAAAACGAACGAGUCUAUUAUCAUCGUGCAGUUCAUUUCGCGAUUCGGCAUACCAGGAACAAGAUCAACAAAAUACCGAUGCUGCCACCAUAGCACUUGAUGAUGCCACAGAUCUAAAUGGUAUUGAUAAGAUUUUUGAAGGUAUCACACGAGAUCUUGUGACAAUGGCUACACAGUCAAUUACUACAGGAGGUUGCGAAGUGGACGACGAUGGAGAUGGGUCUCAGGGGACAGCAGAACCCAAUUUUGUUCCUCAACCAUCAACUUCGCCAGAACCUGUUUCCAACAUACCAUGCAAUCAGAAACAAAUUAAAACACGACCUUAUCCAUCUAAGGAAGUACUGCCUCAGAAGUUGGUACAUGUAGGUGCACUAGAGGUGCAAAAUGUUAAGAGGGCAAUUAACCGUUAUGGUACCCUACCUAAGGGUGCAAGAAUUGGCGCCUACCUAGAAAGUCUUCGGCAGAGCGGAAUGCCUUCUAAUCAAGAAAACAUUGCGACUACAUCGGCAAUAUCUACAGUUGUGGAACAACAUGAUGUUACAAGUAGUACGGAUACGCCGCAGCAUCGUUCGCUUUCUCCUCGUCAGAACAAUUUACGUAAUCAACCUCAAAUGACGCGCAGUAAUUCUUCCAGUGGUGUAGUAAAUACUUACCAACCACCAAAUUCACCACGCAGUCGGACAGUAGGGAUUAGAAAAAAUAAUACAGAAAACAUUGGAUUAAGAACUUUCCGAGGUCCAAAUAAUACUGGUUUUAGAACAGCCAGUCCAUCAAGAUCCGUUCAACCAACGCUUGCUGAUCUUGAAUUUCCUCCACCUCCUAUAGACUUACCACCACCGCCAGAUGAAAUUUUUAAUCCUGCAGAUCAAUGCGAUUUGCCUCCGCCUGUAACGGCCUCUCCAAAUAGUGAUAUUUCUCAUAUUAAAACAACCAAUUCACCAGUAAGUGUCAGAAAAUUAAAAGCAGAAUGGAAGAUAAAGGAUGAAGUAAAUGACGAUCAAGAUGAUAAGAACAACGACGUUAGAAACGUAGAACCUUCUGUGAAAGAAGCUAGUUCUAGAUUUGGUGUAAACUUACGGCGCAGAGAAACUACUAGCGAAGUACAUUGUGCCGUAAAUAAAUGUUUGGAUGAUAAGAAAACAAUUCUUAAAACGAAAGAGGUAUCUAGUAACGUAAGACUAGAAUCAACGGAAUUAACAUCAUCUCCGGAAGAAGCACCACCACCGCCUCCGCCUCCACCUCCACCUCCUGCUGCUGUUGGUAUCACAGAUACGUUUGAAUCUAAACCAGGGAUGAAGGAGAUGUUAGAGUUAAAACUGGUUAAUGAAAUAAAACAAAGUGCUGAUAUGAAACACGGAGGAUCUGUAAAAAAAAGUGGAAUUGCAGGUAAUGUACCUUCGUUACCUCUUGAUCCUGCAUCUCAGUUAUUAUCAGAGUUAUGUGCCAGCUUUAGUAUGGAUACAAACAAACAUUCAGUACAAAAUGAGUAUGCCAUUUCUAAUCUGAAGAGCAAUGAUAGUUUUUCCAUUGCACAGGAUCAUCAUUUAAGUCUUGAUAAGCACAGUACACACAAAGAGAUUGAUGCAUCUUCACCUAUAACAGAGAGUGUAAUAAGCACUGGUAAUAUAGGUUUCAAAUUGAAGAAGGUAGAUAAGAGGAAUAACCCGCAAAAGGAAGAAACUGGAGAUAAUCAAAUAAUUGAUUUUAAGGCUAGAUUACGAAAGGUAGAUAAUGCAGAAAAAGAUAAAGUUGUGGAAGAUAAAACAAAACGGUUUGAUGAUAUUGGAAGUAGUAUCACAGAUUCUUCAGAAUUGGGUACAGAUGAUCAAGUUGACGACAAACGUAGAAGUACCGGAAGUAUAAGUAGCCUAAAAAAAUUAUGGGAAAAUAAAGAAGCUUCUUGCGAUAAUCAGCCGCUCAGUCCUAAAUUAAGUGUUCGAGGUGUAAACAAACCAGACAUAGUUGAUGCAGGUGAAGACUCACCAGAGGAUCAUAGUGGAGCAUCAACACGUAGUUCUACUAGUAAAGGAGACACAAGAGUAUGGCCUCCAACAUCAUCCACAGAUAUAGAAAAACCUGUUGUGCCAGCUAAGCCACUAAAACCAUUAGUUUCUUCAACUAAACAUUUUGGUUCCUCAAUAUAUGCUACACCAAAUUGCAAUAAAUCUACUUCACAGACAGAUGAAGAUGCAAAUAAACAAACUGCCGAAUCAAAAGGUGCAGUAAAACAUAGUGUAAUCGAAAUUUCGAAUGUUAUUGAAAAUAGUAUUUUGAAUCUUAGAGGUAGUCCAACUAUAAUUAUGGCUAGUUGGCUUCAACUAUCUGAUAAAGUUGGUUUGCUCCAUGGUAUGUGCAUAAGUCUUACAGAUACUGCAAUAGCACCACAUGCGAGGUUUCAGUUCCGUGAUUUACUCACUAGACUUGAGCUACAAGCACGACAACUAAGAGCAGCUGGAACAAGAAAUAUUGCAGAGAAUACAAGACUAUUAAGUGAGGUUCAAAAUACAAUAAAAGAUGUAAUAAAUACAGUGCAGAGAUAAAGUAUAUAUUGGUGGUGGAAAAUCAAAAAUAACAUUUUACACUCUC